AUGAGUCGAGCAUGCUCAGAUUUAAACGCUGCGACUCCUGAGCGUCUCCUUCCUCAGUGGCUCACCGGCAUCAUCGCCGUCGCCGGGUUCCUCUUCCUCGUCUUCAUCGUCCUCCUGGUGCAGAAAGCCUGGUGCGAGGACACGAGGAGGAAGAGCGCCGUGGAGACGCUGAGACAAGACAACGCAUACGAGACCAGUCUGGACACACUCAGGAGGAAGAGCGCCGUGGAAACGCUGAGACAAGAGGACGGAAACACGUAUAAGGUCCUGGAGACGGUCAGGACCAAAGAAGAAGAGAACGCCUACGACAACCUGGGGAUGGACGGCCCUGAAGACAAGGUCACCUCCAUGUGACCCCUCUGCUCUCAUCCUAUU